AUGGCUCUCCGUCGAUUCAACGCCGGUGGCAAGAAGCAGAAGGAGCUGACUGAGGAACAGAAGCAGGAAAUCAAAGAGGCCUUCGAUCUGUUCGACACAGACGGUUCAGGUGAGAUUGACUCCAAGGAGCUGAAGGUAGCGAUGCGAGCUUUGGGCUUCGAGCCCAAGAAGGAAGAAAUCCAGAAGAUGAUUUCUGACGUGGACGAUGACGGUAGCGGCACCAUUGGCUAUGAAGAGUUCCUGAAGAUGAUGACCCACAAGAUCCUGAAUCGUGAUCCGAAGGAUGAGAUCCUCAAGGCCUUCCGGCUCUUCGAUGACGAUGAGACCGGCAAGAUUUCCUUCAAGAACCUGAAGCGAGUGGCCAAGGAGCUGGGUGAGCGAAUGACAGACGAGGAACUCCAGGAGAUGAUUGAUGAGGCUGACCGCGAUGGCGACGGAGAGGUCAACGAAGAGGAGUUCCUGCGCAUCAUGAAGAAGACAAACUUGUUCUGA